CUUUUGAAUUGUCUUUUUCAAUAUUCGUGAAAAAGCUCGUUGUAUCGUAUUGAGCGAUUUCGAGCAUUUUGCGUUUAACUAUUGUUAUAUUUUGUGAUAUUUGUUCGUCUAAUCUCAUAUUUUAGUUGUAAGAGCUAGUUGUUAUUAAAAAUAACGUCAAACCAAAGUGUUUCAGUUGUUAAUUAGUUGCAAAUCAUCGAAAUGGAGAGCAUGGAUGUAGCACAAGAAGGAACGUCAGCAGCGUCGACGCCCGCAGGGGAAAAUGGCCCUGAUAAGAAUGUUACGGCGGAAGAGAUGACUUCUAGGGACUACUACUUCGAUUCUUACGCACAUUUCGGCAUUCACGAAGAGAUGCUGAAAGACGAAGUCCGAACGCUCACAUACCGGAAUGCUAUGUACCACAAUAAGCAUUUGUUCAAGGGAAAAACGGUCUUGGACAUUGGUUGUGGUACGGGCAUCCUGUCCAUGUUUGCAGCUAAAGCUGGUGCAGCUAAAGUCAUUGCUAUUGAGUGCUCCAACAUUGUAGACCAUGCUCGCAAGAUCAUUGAGGCAAACAGGCUCAGUGAUGUCAUUGAGAUUGUUAAAGGAAAGGUUGAGGAGGUAGAGCUUCCUGUAGAAAAGGUUGACAUUAUCAUAUCGGAGUGGAUGGGCUACUGUCUCUUUUAUGAGAGUAUGCUGGACACUGUGCUGUAUGCUCGUGAUAAGUGGCUCGCGGCUGACGGCAUGCUCUUCCCAGACAGAUGCACACUGUUCAUCUGCGGUAUUGAGGACCGUCAAUACAAGGAUGAGAAGAUCAACUGGUGGGAUGAUGUGUACGGCUUUGACAUGUCUUCCAUCAGGAAAGUGGCCAUCUCUGAGCCGCUAGUGGACGUUGUUGAUGCUAAACAGGUGGUGACCAACUCUUGCUUAUUGAAAGAAAUAGACCUUUACACAGUCAAAAAGGAAGAUCUUAACUUCGAAUCCAAGUUCCACCUUCAGGUACGUCGUAACGACUUCAUCCAGGCUCUAGUGACAUUCUUUAACGUGGAGUUCACGAAGUCUCACAAGCGGCUCGGGUUCAGCACGGCGCCCGAGGCUCCCUACACGCACUGGAAGCAGACCGUCUUCUACUUCGACGAUUAUAUGACUGUAAAGAAAUUCGAAGAGAUCACAGGCACGUUUUCGAUGCAUCAGAACGCGAGGAACAACCGCGAUCUUGAUUUUGAGAUAGAAAUCGAUUUCAAAGGCGAACUGUGUCAAGUUCGAGAGAAGAACCACUACAGGAUGCGCUGAUCUAGCAGCAGGCCAUGGCGCUACAUGAAAACCAGCCUUCAUAAUUACCGGUACACUUCAUGAAUACAAGACUCCUUUACCACA